GCAGCCUCCAGCUCGGAGAGUGAGUACCAGCUCCGUUCCCGCACUGUGGUAUGUGGUUCGUGUGGCCAACCAGCCGAUAAGAGUAUCCAGGAGGAGGUGCACUCGAUGUGUGAGAUGGAGAAGGGCAGUGUGUUGAGUGGGGGGUCCAGUUUGCAGGUGUCGGGGAGCAGAACGCUGCGAACUGGGGGAGGGGGUGGUGGGCAUUCGGUCCUCACCCGCUCCUACCUCAUCGACAACUCAUCCAGUGGAUCCCAGGUGACCUCCCCUCGCUCAGUGACGUGGCACCAAGACACGGUCGGCACCUCGGAUCUCGAAUGGGUGGUGACAGAGCGCCGAGAGACUGAGAGGACUGGCUCGCUGGACAACGCCCUGUGGACCCGGGCACAGCCCUGGCUUCGGGCCGAGUGGUCUCCCAGCUGCCCCGCUCUGCUGGAAGCCCCCGGGCUCCCCACCCCAUCGGGGGGGCAGCGGGGAGGGGGAGAGGGAGAGGGAGAGGGAGAGAGGGGGCCGAGGCCCAGGCAGACACCGGGCUCCAGGGCGAAGGCGGCGAAGAUUCGCAGGUCACCCCGGGUCACCAAGGGGGUACCCCCCAAGCGAUACGGGCAGCCCUCCACCAGGCGCACCCGGGGGGGCGCAUCCCCUUCGGGGGGCCAGAAGUAGACGCUGCCACCCUACCUCACCCCUCACCCUCU